UCGCCCCGCUUCAAGAUCGUUGAUUUUGGGUGAGCUGCCUACAAAAACCAAUGCUGAAUCUCAAAAAAGUUUGAGUCUUUAGAGGAUCUUUCUCGACCUAGCAAGACGAAACGAUACUACAGUAUGUGUUCGCACUGCGAAUCUCACUUUCACUGAAAGUAGUGGGUAUUCAGCUCUGUGAUUAUUGGAUCUGGCAACGUUCACCAGUUGUUCGACGAAUUGUCUCAAUCACCUUUGAACAUCUAUCUUCCUCAGUCUAUCAUCGGUUAAGGAAGCAUCUUUCGAAUUUCCCCCUUCGUGUGUGCUUCUGUUCUCUGUCUUUCCGAUGUAUUCCAGGAGAUUCUUGAACUCGAUCAACCCAGUUAGAUCCACAAUCAGCCAUCAAGUUCGGUUUUUUGGACGUGAUCCUUUCCCCAACAAAGUCCAGCAUUACUUGUACCGAGCAAACCUCGUCGAUUCUAUACGUCUCUGUCUCCGCUCGGCAUCCAACCGUGACUCGCUGACUUCUCUGUUAAGUUACCGUCUUCUCGACUCUUUCGUUGUCAAGAACGCAUUACGUUCAGCUCCUUCCCUUGCCUCUGCCUGGUCUAUCGUCAAAACCCUUCAAAAGAAUCGCCAGUUUUCUCAUGACAUCCAUACACUGCAUGCCCUUGCUACUGUUCUUGCCAAGUUUCGCCGAUCUUCAGAGCUUAGAUCUCUUAUUGGGGUGGUUGAUGCUGGCAAAUUUGGUAAAGUUCGUUUCAGCUUUAUGAACCUCAUGAAUUGGUACGCAAUGGCUGGCGAUUUUAACUCGGUUCUGAAGACAUGGGAGAGGUAUAGAUGUUUGGAAGAGGAGAAACUCUGCACCGAGUCUUAUAACGUCGUCAUGCAAGCUUACACAAAACUGGGUAAAGAUUAUGAGGCGGUCGAGACUUUUGAAAGGAUGAUCAACGAAGGAGGGAUCCCCAAUUCCAGAACGUUCACGGUUAUGAUCGAGCAUCUAGUGAAUUUGGGAAAUCUGGAUGGAGCUGUGGACAUUUUCAAGAUCUUGCCGUCGAUGAGGAUCACUCGGACACUGAAGCAUUAUUCGGUUUUGAUUGAAGCAAUCGUUGGUGAAGAACGGUUUGGCGAAGUCAAGACUCUGCUUUCCGAGAUGAAGGCUGAUGGGAAAUUCCCUGGAAGACGUAUGCUGGGGCCUCUGAAACGCAUGAAGGACAUGGGAUUCGAGCAAGAAGUGGAGGAAUUCUUGGGAGAAAUGUCGCCAGAUGAGAGAAUCAAGGACAUUUAUGGUUAUUCCAUGGAGAGUCCGAGCGAUGAUGAAGAGGGUGACAGAAACGAUGGUGAUGAUAGUGAUGGUGAGGAGGUUGCAGUUAAGUUGAAGCCAUGGCUGGACCCAAAAGCUCUGGCGGGUGCGUUAAAGAACUGGAACCCUAGCACGGUAGCUGCUCUGGAAGAAGCUAAUUUCAUCUGGACAAAUCUGUUGGUCUGUAAGGUGCUGAGAAAUUUCAAAUCGGCGGAAACUGCAUGGAGUUUCUUUUGCUGGGUGGCGAUUCAACCUGGGUUCACCCAUGAUGCCUAUACCAUCGAGAGAAUGAUGGCUCUUUUAGCAUGCCAUGGCAAUGUAGAACUGGUCGAUAAGCUUUUCUCCAAAGUGAGAGCCGAAGGGAUCAACCUGCCUUUCAGCACCAUCAGGCUGAUCAUCGAACUGUACGGUGUUUCUAAGAAGCCAGACGCAGCCCUCAAGGUUCUCCGACAUGACAAGACACUCUGCAACCAGAUUUCAGAUUUCAGUCUGAUGUUGUUAUACUCAUCCCUCCUAAGAACAUUGACGAAAUGUGGGAGAAAUGCAGAGGCUUUGGAUACGUUGGAUGAGAUGAUUCUGAACAACAUUUGCCCCGAUAUCCAGACAUUUUCAGGUUUGAUGUAUCAUUUUGCGUUGCAAGGAGAGAUCCAGACUGUCCAAAGACUCUUCUCGAUGGUCAGACAGAUAGGUCUCGAACCAGACCCGUAUAUGCUAAAGCUACUUGUCCAGGCAUAUUGCAGAUGCGAAAGAGCCGCACUUGCUUACAGGGUGUUCCAAGACAUGAGGGAUACGAAUCUGAUGCCAGACAAAGAGACGAAAGAUCUGCUUGUGAGGAGUCUCUGGAAAGAAGAGAAGCGAAAAGAGGCAGCCAUGGUGGAAGAGAGCUAUGAAGAGAUGAAGAACGUUCUGCCAUUGAAGUUAAGGGGUCAUGUCUGGACCAUCAGUUCGGAGAACAUCAAUCAGGUUCAUGGCAUUUACAGGAGCUGUGUUCUCAGGACUUCGACUUAAGCAUUUAAGCUGUUUUUUUUCCUUAACUCAGACUUGAAAAAAAAAUCUGAUGUUAUGGCUCCUCUGUUUCAUCACAAUCUU